GGUUUAACUGUGGUUCUGUACUGGUUCUGGUUCCCAUAAAGACCCAAUAAACGGAUAAACGUCCCAUCAGAACCUGACAGAAACAAACAGGAGGAGGAGGAUGAUGCUAACCUUCAUCAUUACGGAAGGAAACCGCAGCUGGAGCGUAAGCAGGAGCCACACCUCCCCGUGACGUCAGGGGGCGUGGCUUCAGUCUAAUUUAAACCUCAGGCAGAAAAGCAGCGCUGAGCAGGAGCGACCCGCUACCGGACUUCCAGGGUCCGGUUCCGAUCCAGAAGGAGUUUAUAUGGGAGCAGACGGACCGGAGGAGGUUCGGCUCCGCUUCCCGCCCUUCACAGGACAAAACAGCCGCUGAGCAAUUCCUCCGGCUGCCGGUUCGGAUCCCUGAGGACCAAACGGAACCAGCAGCAGCUUUUCCAGCAGGAGAGCCGUGAUCUCCUCCUCCAGGUUGCCAUGGUGAACAGCAGGCUGGAGGCGCCUGCGGUGGCGGUGCUGGGCGGCGGCGGGGCGGCGGCCGUCCGGGCGUGUGCGGGAUGCGGCGGGCGCAUCGCCGACCGCUUCCUGCUCUUCUCCAUGGAGCGCUACUGGCACACCCGCUGCCUGAAAUGCUCCUGCUGCCACGCCCAGCUGGGCGAGUUCAGCAGCAUCUGCUACAGCAAGGGAGGCAUGAUCCUCUGCAAGAACGACUACAUCAGGCUCUUCGGCCACAGCGGCGCCUGCAGCGCCUGCGGGCAGUCCAUCCCGGCCAGUGAGCUGGUGAUGCGGGCUCAGGGCAGCGUCUACCACCUGAAGUGUUUCAGCUGCGCCACCUGCAGGAACCGGCUGGUGCCCGGCGACCGCUUCCACUACGUCAACGGAACGAUCUUCUGCGAACAGGACCGGCCCGGCGCCGCCCUGGUGGCACUGCAGGGCGGCAGCAUCAUGGCCGACCAGAAGGUUUGCUGAAGAAGACGAUGGAGCCAGACGUGCCGCCUUCUUCUUCUUCUUCUUCUUUUUCUUCUUCUUCUUCUUCCUCUUCUUCUUCUUCUUCUUCUUUCCCGUCUGUCGCUGUCCUUCAUCAUCAUCAUCUUCUUCCUCCGGAACCCAGUGAACCCGACAGCCGGUCCGGUCCGGUCCGGUCAGCAGUGGACGCUCUUCUUCUUGUAAAUAAAGUUUGUUUGGGAGGCAACAGGAAGUCCUCUGAGGUUUAUCAGGAAAUUAUGAAAACUUGAGGUUUGAACUUUGACUAGGCCGCUGCUGCUCCAGCAGAUGGACUCUGAUUGGACGCAUCCUGGACCAAUCAGAGGCUGGAAGAGGCGGGGCAUGUGACUGGAAGUCAAGCCCGCAUCAUGAUACCUCCUCUGCCUGUGUGAGUGGCUGGCUGACGUUUCCCCACCUGGCGACGCGCCGCCGCCGCCGGAGGAACUUCCUGUUCGUCUGGUUUCAUUUUUUAUGCAAAUUUGUCAAAAAUCUCCAUUAAAAACAAAAAAUCCUGAAAAUAAAACGAUUUUUACU